AUCGUAUCCUGUGCUUUUCACUACAAAGUAAAUAGAGUUAUAGAUUUUCCUGCCUAUUUAUCUCGGAUUCGUGUGUGUAAGCGCUGUGGUGACGUUGAUGAAGGGUUUUAUUUUGAAAAACAAUCAACAGUGACGCUGUUUUUAAUUGUGAGUUGGGGGAUUUGGCAGAAGUGGUAACAUGCGAGCAGGGUGACGGGUGGUCAGACGAACCAACAGAGUCCAGCGGGGCAGCGUCGGAGGUGCAUGUAAGCACAUUGCGAUCUCUACUUAGUCAAAUAGGCUACGAGAUACAGUCGGUGUGCGCGCGCGCACUGUGUCCGUGUCGUAAAACUUCCAGCUGGUGAACGCCGCUUUUUACAUCGUCGUUUUUAAAGUUCACCCUGCGGCUUUUGUUUUUGCAAAUCACCCACCAAUUCUCCCUGAGGUAAAAGCUUGGUGUCGUUACUAAAGUUUGCGCGCUCACAGAGAGUUUUUGUGCGUUUUCCGACUGGACCGUGACAGGCACCCGACAGUUGCAAGCGCUCGUCCGUCCUCCCUCCAAAAAACACAUCGAUCUGUCCAAAGCGGGUUGACCCCGGUGUGAAGAGAUACGUGCAAGUUUCUGUGUUUGUUCCUUUUCUUUUAGUAUCAUCGGUUCCCGGCGCACAGACACAUUGUUGCUCUCUGACUGUGCAGCUGAAGUCCUUUAUGCAGUAGAAGAACAUGGAUGUGGACGUCGGUGGAUUUCUUGACCAGAACACCACCUAUGACUAUGGGGACUAUGAGUACAAAGAGGACUCUGAAUCAAAAGGCAGCAAGGCGGUGUUGAUCCCGGUUCUGUACUCCGUGGUGUCGGUUGUGGGCCUGCUGGGCAACGUGCUGCUCCUGGUCGUUCUGGCACGGAAGAGGCAAUCUUGGAGUAUAUCAGACAUCUUUAUCUCCCACCUGGGUGUCGCAGACAUCCUUCUGCUGCUGACUCUGCCCUUCUGGGCUGUACAGGCUGCCCACCACAGUGGAUGGUCCUGCGGGGGAUUUCUCUGCAAGUUCAGUGGAGCUGUUUUUGAUAUCAACCUGUAUGUUGGGAUUUUUCUGCUGGUUUGCAUCUGUCUAGUUCACUGCCUGUCCAUCGUCCACACUACCCAGCUCCGCUUUCUCAAGACCCCUGUGUUUGCUCAUAUCAGCUGUGCGUUGGUCUGGGUUAUCUCACUGCUUCUCACCAUCCCUGACUGGAUUUUUCUAGAGGCUUGGAAAGAUGAGGCAAAAGGGAGAACACUGUGUGCUCACAUCUACUCUGGCUCACAGCUGCUUUCACGUCUGCCCCACCACAUACUGGGCUUCCUGCUGCCCGCAGCCAUCCUGAUCAUCUGCUGCUCCUGUAUGCUGAUAUCGCUGCAGAGCAAAUCUAAAAGCCCCCAGAAGCAGAGAGUUAUCACAGUCAUCCUGCUCAUGGUGGUGGUCUUCUUUCUCCUUUGGAUGCCAUACAACAUCACACUCAUUGUGGACACCUUCAGGAGCCGCUCUAAGGAAACCCAAGGUGGUUCAUCGGGGAAUCCUUCAGAAGGUUCCCUGAAGGCAGCUCUGAUAGGCACGUCUGCUCUGGCCUGCGUUCACGCCUGCCUCAGGCCUCUGCUUUACCUCAGCCUGUGUGGGAACUUCAGGAAGCGGAUCCUGGCCACGCUGAGAUGCACUACAGUCGAAUCUAAAAGUUCGCUGUGGGAGUUGGGUGUGGGCGAGGAAGCCCUGCCUGACCAGAGUCAUGAGAGGGAAGAACUGAAACAGAUGACAAAUGCAAAGACUCAGGUGCCAUCAGCUCAGUGCUGAUGAACAGACUGAAUUGCAGAAGUGAUCUGAAUAAUGUUCCACCUCUGUAGGAGGUUAGUGUUAAGUCAUAUCAUGGGUUCAAGGGGUGGAGGACUGCACUGUGUGAUGAUGAGAAAUCGAUAUUUAUAGAAAAUGACUCUCUCGCAUUGCACUUUAAUGUGAAGGUUUUAGAGCCAAGUCAUGGUGACAUAUAUUGUUGUACUCUUAUUUUGUAAUCACUAUUGCACAACUUUAGCUUGUUACCCUAAAUCAUGAGUUUUUUAUUCAGUUGUGUGUAUAUUGUGCAUUGUUAUUAGUAUUAUUAUUCUCAUUAUUGAAAACAAACAGUUCUACAAACUUCAGAUGUUAAACAAUCAUCAUAAAACUAAUGCCAUAAUCAUUGAUUCUAAGGAAUAUAAGCUCUUAUCUUUGCCAGUGUUACUGUGCACUUGCAUUAAACAGUCCGACACAGUUUAUAACUUUAAUUCUGAUAAGGUAGCAUAAACCGUUUCACUUUUCAUUUGACAUGUUAUCUCAGACUAGUAAAGACUGUGUGGAUUCCAUGAUUGCGCAGUGAGCGUAUGGAUUUCUAUGUUUGGCCGUUAUGCAGUGAGGGAAUUUCCCCCUCCCGGCGAAUCCCAGGACUCUUUUUAACUUUUUAGCUUCAUUGUUGCAACAUGGAUGUGUGUCAACUGUGGGACACAAGAUGACACAAACAGGUGGUGAUGUCAUCAGUCAGGUGACAGAGCGAGUCAGAGAGGAGGAGGAAGAGAAAAAAACACUCUGUUGUUCAUAGCUCUCUGUUUAUUCUCAUCUGAAGACUGCUGUGUUGGGUGGAGAGAGAACUGUAGCUUGCUUUGUGUUUAAGAGAAUAAAAAAAGAAUGUUGUUGGUACAUGGAGGGAAGAAGAGGAGUUGGAGAAGAUAAAAUCUUUUAGAUCUCUGGUUUUACCACCACACUGUUGUGCAAGUUAUGGCCUGCCAGGAAAACCUGAUUUCUGGGCUCAUGGGCCUGAAAUAAAGUAUUCUGUCACAACUAGGUAUUCCUUCAGAAACUCUCCCCACAGUCAUUUCACUCUUGAAACUGUUUCCCUUCCCUUAGUUGACAUAUUUUCCUUCCUCUUUCUGCUAACAGCAGCAGCACAUCACAUUUAUAUCAUGAUUUGUUAAAAUUAGUCCUGAGUGAGUGUUAUUUCCUGCUUCAGCUAGAGCUGGCCUGUCAGUGAAGAUAGAGAUAGAGACAAGUAGCUAGAUGGGACUUUUCUUCAGUGAAUGACAAACCCAUCACCAGCAUAAACAGAAAUGUCGUCCACAAGACAGGGUAUAGUGUGCUAAAAAAAUCAAGGCACAUGUUGACCACACACCACACAAAGUGUGAUGUGUCUGAAUGGGUUUGAAGCCAAGCUCUUUAAUCCAAAGAACUGUGGAAGAGUUUGUGAAGCCAUGGCUCACUUUGUUCUCAGCCACAGUGUCUCAACCAGUAGAGCUUCAGCCUCGUGACUGAAAUGUUUAACCUGCCAAUACACUGGUUGCUGCUGGGAUGUUUUUUCACACCAUCACCACCGAUACCAACAUCACUACCCUGUAGUUAAAUAUUUGCCUCUCAUGCAAAUUAUCAGUAAGACAUAUUUUAACAGACAGUAGUGGUGGUGCAUUGUGUUUCCUAUAAUAAUCACAUACAUAUUGAUUGAAUUGGAGACGUUUGCCACAAGGCGGAGCGUUUCUCUGCUCAUUUUUGUUCAUUCAUUUCUUGUCACAUAUCCGCUUAAACCAUAGGUUUGAGGAUAUGUGGCUGCUUUGUCUCACUUUGUUUCUAUUUCCUGUCAGAAAGAUGUAAGCUAUUUCCACAGAAACCGCUACAUGUGGGUUUGAAGUUUUGAUUGUUGUUCCUGCAUGUAUUCUAUGUGAUCACUCAAGCUUAACCUCAGCUUAAUUUCAACCUCAUUUUAAACAGAUGGAAACUCUUAGAAGGUUCUGUUCACAAGAAGAGAGAGAAUAGAAAGGGAUGUUGCGUUAUCAGACUUCUCCUAAAUUGACCUAUCUAUCCUUUAUCUGCCAUCUCUGUUAAAACAUUCAUUACUCAUAUGUAGCACACUUCUAUAACCAUGCUCCUAGCAUUAUAGGGGAAAUUAUGCAAGACUUUUUCAUAUGUGUUUAGAUUACACAGUAAAGUAAGUACAUAAUUACAAAAGAAACCUAACACAAGAAAUAGAUAAAAACCCUGUAUGGCAUCUUGACUGGCUGCUUGCCAGCAGUAGAAUCUACACAUUGUAAGACUGGGGUUGUUAAAAAGUCCACAUCACUAUAUAUCGUACCCUUGUAUGUACUCAGGUGGCCUUUUUGACAAGCCCCUAACUACACUUUCUUGGUAAAUUUCAAGUUUUUUAUUUUAUCUUUCUAAAUUACAAAAUUUCACAUUUUAUUUAUUAGUGAUCUGUUUGACUAGUGUGUAAAUUUACAACAUUCCCUAAAUGUUGUUUCAAAGCCCUCUCUACACUGUCAGGUAUGUUUUCUGCCCAGAACGAUGGCAUGUUAGGGUGUUUAGCCUAAAACAUACCAGAAUCAGACUUAACACUUCUAAUGUGUAAUGACACAUCUUCCUCAGAAGAUUUUCUAGAAAAUAUCACUAGAGUUUGGUGAUACACAAUCCUGGGUGGGAUCCAAAAUUCACUGGAAAUCCCUGCAGCCAAAAAGACUGCUUUAAUGAGCAGCCUGCCGUAAUGAGCACUGUCUGUACGAACUAGUCUACAGGCUUCAAAUGGAAACAGAAACACAAUUACACUUGACUGACUGUCUGUAUCUGCAGUUUGAUAUGGUUUAGUUGUCUUUCUGUUUUAUUUUUUUGUUUUAAUGUGUGCCUAAGACUUCCUGGGAAACACUGUUGAAAUUGUGUGGAGUCUCCUUGUGAAAUAUAGAAGCCUGUACUGAAUUGUCACCUCAUACCCUGUCUGUCCUGUUUCUGUACUGUAAUGUUGGGAAAACCCUGGUAAAUUAUUCAGAAAAUAAAGCUGUAUUAUUUAUUUCAACAUUCCAUAUAAAAACAUGUUGAAAAAUAUCAAAAAAUAUACAGUAAAAAAUAUGGUAGAAAUACAUGUAAAAAAAAUUAGCAGUAACAAUACAGUAACAAUAUUCACUCCAGUAUACGUUGUUAAGCUGCCUUAUUUAUGAUAAAUGCCUGGCAAUCAGAAAAGGGAAAUGUUAUAUUUCUACUGUACAAGAAAAAUAAAUCUGCUGCCCACAAA